UGGCUCUGUGUGGAAGGUCUUCCUUUCACGCUCUAAGGAUAAUAGGAAUGGGGGGUGGAAACAGUGUCAUCUGGGAUCCAACUUCAAAUGAAAACCAUAAAGAUGAGAGAAGCAAGGGGCAGAGACGCUAGGGAGAAAGCCUAGCUCCUGAGGACGCAGAUGCAUCAGGUGCGGCUGUGGAGGCACGCCGGAGCUUGGAGGGGCCGGGGAGGAGCACCCUACAGCACGCUGGUGCCAUCUGACGAAGUAACUAUUACUUACAGACAUGGUCUUCCUGUGAUAACUCUCACACUGCCCACACGAAGUGAACGCUGUCCCUUUACAACAGAUGGUAGCAAGGUCUCUUGUGCAACCUUGAUGGAGGUCUUAUUUAUGAAUGACUUUAAACUUGUUAUCAACAACACAGCAUACAAUGUGUCACCUCCUGUAAAAGAUAAGCUGAGUAGUGAGCAUGCUACUGAAACGGAAGAUAUCAAAUCCUUGGUUCACAGACUGUUUGUGGCUCUACAUUUAGAAGAUCAUCAGAUCAGGAAAGAGAGAGAAUUGCUACAGAAGCUGGACCAUCUGAAAGAAGAGCUGCUGCCUCUUGAACAGAUGAAAGCCAGAAUCAUGGACAGUGCAGAUGCAAAGACCUCCAAGCUCCUAUGGGUUGGCUUAGCUCUGAUGUCAACACAAGGGGGAGCGCUGGCAUGGCUGACGUGGUGGGUCUAUUCCUGGGACAUCAUGGAGCCAGUGACGUAUUUCAUCACUUAUGGGAGUGCCAUGGCCUUCUAUGCCUACUUUGUUCUUACUAAACAGGACUACAUUUACCCUGAUGCUAAAGACAGGCAGUUCCUCCACUACUUCUAUCGGAAAUCCAAAAAGCAGCAUUUUAAUGUGGAACGAUACAACAAGCUCAAAGAAGACCUAGCAGAGGCAGAAGAAUCCCUGAGGCGCCUGCGCCAGCCUCUGCACCUGAGGCUUCCAAUCCAGGAGAUCAGUGACAAGGACUGACGCUGGGUUUGUAUAUACUACAGUUGCCUUCUCAGAGCUGAUGCAAACAUUUAGUUACUCCGCAGAAACUGGGUAUU